AUGUUCAACUUCGGCCUCUUCACUCCGAAGACCUGGACCGCUGAGCGCUUCCCACGGCUGGUCAUUCUUCACGCAGCCCCGUUGCCAAGUGAGCCACGGAUCAGGAGGAGCUUCAACUUCAACAAGCUCAGGGCCAUCUUGAUGGCAAGGGUCUUGACCGGUGUUGAAGUUGACGUUGACCAGUUCGUCGCGCCAGGAGCUGACCGAUUGUUCAGCUUGACGACAAAGUGGGUCAACAAGGAGUACGCAUUCCCAUUGAUGCCUGCGCAUUUCCUGGACUGGAGCAUCAAGGACCAGCCAGCCGCACCGUGGUGGCCGAGGUACUGUCCCGAUCCAGACAAGCCUUGCCCGAUGCAGACUAUGCGGUGGUGUCAUGCGCAUCCGACCUGGACGCAUUGGGCUUUGCCUUUCUUCGGCAAAUGGGUCCGCCGGCACUUUCGUGAUGAGCGCUUGCCGAACGUGACCGUCAAGAACUUUCAUGCAGCAGGGCUGAGAGUCGGAGACAUCAAUGAGGACGAGGACCUGCUGAACGUCGGCCUUUGGGAGGAGCGAGCAGCGAAACAAUGGUGCAAAUUUGACGUACCGGCCACCGUUGAAUUUGACUCCUUACUGUCGUGGAUCCCGAGCAAGGGCAAUCGCUGUUCGAAUGGGAUUGGAUGCUCAACAGCCGGUUAG